UGUCUGAACGUGUAUAUGCCGCUAUCAAAGAUGGCGUCACUUCUACGGUGUCUGUGUGAACGAUUCUAGUUGCCGCUGAAAAAAUUAAUAUUUCUCGCAUAAAAUUCAACUACCGGCCGCCUUACCCAAUCGAAAAGCGUUAAUACAUAAUUCCGGUGUGAUUUAAAAUUGAAAUUGUGCCUGUGCGUGCGCCAGUCGCUGUUAAAUCCCAACGCAAAGGAUUGUGUGUGUGCAUCUAGAGAAUUUCGAGGUGUGUGCAUUGCAGCGCUUUUUUUGUGUGUCCCCAUAGUACCCCCGCAUCCUGUUCAGUCGUGUGUACCCGCAAACAUUGUGCUAAAUUAUAUAAAAAUAAAUUGGCGAAAAAGGCAACAAAAAGAAAAAAUUCUGCUAGUGGAAUGCCAUAUAGAGCGACAGCGAGAGAGAGAGAAAAAGAGAGGGAGCGUAAGCGUGAGAGAAAUCGAUGACGAUAGCUUUGUUUAGCUAUCGCCCUCGAUACACCGCUCCGCAGCGCAGUAAAAGCGGUGGCGUCAAGGAAUCCCUUGCAGUAUGACCGUGCUGUAGUUAACCAAAUACACCGAACGCUAGUGAGUGCGAGAGAAAAGAGACGCCGCGCAACAACAAUUCGUGUGCUCCCAAAACCAACGAUAGUUAAAUAACUGCUAACAAGAAGAGAGUACACUACGCUACGCCAUUAUCUACCGUGACGUCGUAUGCCAAUUAGUGGGAAAAGCGAGACAGUGCAUGUGAUGCCAAAUCAAAAGGAAGACACAUAAAAUAUAACCAAGCAGCAGCAAGAGCCAAGAGCGCAAAAGGCCAGAGUCCGCAGAGAGAGAGAGACAGAGGAAUAUGUGAAGGAUUCAAACCAUUAAUCGAUGUGCCAUUCAGGAGCAGAAGCAGAAGCAGAAGCAGCAAAACCUAGAAGCUAAGCCGAGACGCGAGAGUAUUAACCACAAGAGAAGGCGCAACAGUGCAACAAUCCCUCCAGCAACAAAGAACCUGAAAGCAGCAGCAGACAGCAGCAGAAGUGGCAGCAAACAGAACGUAAAUCUAGAAACAGUGUAAAUACAACUGUAACGAAUUUAAAGCAAAAAAAAAGCAGACAACACACUUGAUGUUCCCCCCAGACGCUCGUUGAUAGAUGCCAAGAUAAGUCGCUACCGUUUCAACACCGCCAUCAACAUCACCCAGCAACAGAAGCAGCAACAACUGCAACAGCAACAGGCGCAACAACAGCAGCAGCAGCAGCUACAGCAGGGCAUACAGAACAGAGAGAAGCAUCCGCCAUCCCAUCAGCAUUUGUUGCCAUUGGAGGAGCAGCAAAGGAGCAGCAGGACAGCAGCAGCAGCAGCCGAGCAGGAGGAGCUCUGCAUAGGCGGCACCGCAACCGGCAGCGGCAGCAGCAGCUUAACCAAGGGUCGAGGAAACAACUGCAAGACGCCAAACUCUACUGCAAAAGUCGCCAACAUAACACAUAAAAUUUUCGGUUGGCUACGCAAAUCGCGAAACAAACGGCCAGUCGAGAUCCUAACAAGCGAUUUCGAAGGCGAAGACGGCGACGGCGACGAGGGGGAAGGAGGAGCAGGAGCAGGAGCAGGGGCAGGAGCAGCACCUGGGAGUGCAGGUGGGUCAGGUGCAGCGGGUGGUGCAGCCGAUCAUCAGCAAUUUUCAGUGGCAAACGUUCGACAUAAAGCCGGCAAGCUGAAUACCACACAGACAGCCACGGAGACCACCACCACCGCCAUCGAUUCAAACGAACCCAAAUCUGAAAAGAUGUCAUCGGGGGGCACGUUUGUGGAUCGAAUCGACCCGUUCGCCAAACGUUCACUCAAAAAGAAGGGCAAAAAGAGUCAAGGUUCCUCGCGCUACAGAAAUUCACAGGAUGUUGAGUUGCAGCAAUUGCCGCCGUUGAAAGCCGAUUGCUCCAGCCUCGAACAGGAGGAGCUGUUUAUACGAAAGUUGCGUCAGUGUUGCGUAUCAUUUGACUUUAUGGAUCCCGUGACGGACCUCAAGGGCAAGGAAAUCAAGCGGGCGGCACUCAAUGAUCUAUCCACCUAUAUAACGCACGGGCGCGGUGUGCUCACGGAACCCGUUUAUCCGGAAAUAAUACGCAUGAUUUCUUGCAACUUAUUUCGCACACUGCCGCCCAGCGAGAAUCCAGAUUUUGACCCGGAGGAGGAUGAUCCAACAUUGGAGGCCUCGUGGCCACACCUACAGCUGGUGUAUGAGGUGUUCUUGCGCUUCCUCGAAUCGCAGGAUUUCCAAGCAACCAUUGGCAAGCGGGUGAUCGAUCAGAAGUUUGUCUUGCAGCUCUUGGAACUGUUCGACUCUGAAGAUCCACGCGAGCGUGACUUUCUCAAGACGGUGUUGCAUCGCAUCUACGGAAAGUUCUUAGGUUUACGCGCUUUUAUACGAAAACAAAUCAAUAACAUAUUCUUGCGAUUCAUCUACGAGACGGAGCAUUUCAAUGGUGUGGGCGAGCUCUUGGAAAUACUCGGCAGCAUCAUCAAUGGCUUUGCCUUGCCACUGAAGGCCGAGCAUAAACAGUUUUUGGUCAAGGUCCUGUUGCCGCUGCACAAAGUCAAAUGCCUGUCUCUAUAUCAUGCACAGCUGGCAUAUUGUAUUGUACAAUUCCUAGAGAAGGAUCCAUUCCUUACCGAGCCGGUGGUGCGGGGCCUGCUCAAGUUCUGGCCAAAGACGUGUUCCCAAAAGGAGGUCAUGUUCUUGGGCGAAAUCGAGGAGAUACUUGAUGUGAUCGAUCCGCCGCAGUUUGUCAAGAUCCAGGAGCCGCUCUUCCGGCAGAUUGCCAAAUGUGUCUCGAGUCCACACUUUCAGGUGGCUGAACGCGCUCUAUAUCUGUGGAACAAUGAGUAUGCCAUGUCGCUGAUUGAGGAGAACAAUGCGGUGAUCAUGCCGAUCAUGUUCCCGGCCCUAUACCGCAUCAGCAAGGAGCACUGGAACCAGACCAUCGUGGCGCUCGUCUAUAACGUAUUGAAAACAUUCAUGGAAAUGAAUUCAAAGCUGUUCGAUGAGCUCACCUCCAGCUACAAGGCGGAGAGGCAAAAGGAAAAGAAACGUGAACGCGAUCGCGAGGAGCUGUGGAAGAAGCUGCACGAACUCGAAUCGAAUCGUUCCAAUGGGCGCACCGCAGGCGGCAGCGCAGCUGCGAAUGCAUCGAACAGCGCAUCAUCAUCCAACGCGGCGGCGUCCACGUCCUCCCAACUGCAGCCACCAUCCAUCAGCACAGCCGCCAUUAACUCUCAUCAGCAGCAGCAGCAGUCGAAUAGCAGCAGCAGCGGCAGUCUGUCCAGCGGCGGCGCCGGCGGCGACAAUAAUCCUGCGACCACAAAUGCAAAAAUCAAACAGGAUAAGGCGGAUAACUAAGCGGGCAAAGCACAAGCGAACGCAAGGCAUGCGCCCGAAAAAAACAAAACUAACAAUAAAGAAACGAGAGCCGUAGAGCGCAGUCCGUCGGCUAACACGUAAAGGCAUCUCUGUCGUUCCACAUCCCACACGUAAGAGACAGACAGACAGACAGACAGAGAAAGAGAGGGAGGGAGGCAGGAAGGAAGGAAGGAAGGAAAGAGAGGCGAUAAAUAGUUAUACUAAAAACAAAAACACAUACAUAUGCUAAACUUUAAACACAAGAAAAUAUGAAACUAAACACUAAAAAAAAAUGUAUACUCGAUUGACGAAGACACCAACCAAGCGGACAUCAGCGGAGGAGGAGGAGGAGGCGAAGGAGGAUGCUUGAGCGGCUGUUGAGAGGCAGAAGGAU